AUGGAUGAGUUGCCAAAGAAAGUCGAUUUUGUUGUUUGCGGGACGGGUCUUCCAUGCUCGAUUUUUGCAGCUGCCUGCGCUAGAAUUGGAAAAUCGGUGCUGCAAAUUGAUCGAAACACAUUCUACGGCUCAGAAUGGAGCAAUUUCAACAUGAAAGAAGCCAAAAGCUGGAAGGCCUCUUGCGAAUCUUCGAAAGUAAUUUCCAACUUGAAAUUCACUCCUUCCGAAUGCUGGGAUACGUUUGAGAUGUUCCUCAGGACCGAGCAGUACCGCUUCAACAUAAACGUCGACAAUUCCCCUUUAUUUUCUACUGGAAAAAUGACGGAGCUUUUGAUUCAGUCAAAGGCAACGAGAUAUUUAUCCUUCAAAAACGUAGCUUCGCUAAAAACGGUCUACGAAGAUGAAUUCAUGUCGGUUCCAGCUUCCAGGGCUGAUCUUUUCGCGUCGAAACGAGUUACAGUCAUUGAAAAGCGAAAAAUGAUGAACUUCCUGACCAAAUCACUGCAAGAAGAACCAUCCGAAGAAAUUUCAACUUUCGAUCAGUUUCUAGAGCGAUUCAAGCUCACAGAAAAGCUCAAAUCCUUCGUCAAAUCUUCAAUAAUUUUCUCCAACACCGAGGAUUUAUCACUUUAUGACGGAUUGGCUAAGCUCAAGAAAUUCAUCAGCUCCCUGGGAAAAUAUUCCGCAGCUUCUGCUUUUCUUUACGCUUCUUAUGGAUCUGGAGAGUUAGCUCAAGCAUUUGCUCGGAUGUGUGCGGUUUUUGGCGGGAUAACGGUGCUAGAAUAUCCUCUCAAAGAAAUCUUUCUCGAAGAUGACCUCGUAACAUCGCUUUCGAUCUCCGUCCCAGAAUCUUCAACGCCCCAUAAAGUUCGAUGCGAUCACAUGAUUGCAGAAGUAAACUACCUCGAAUCAUACCACAAUAACACGGAGGAAGAUUUUCAUCAGGUCAUCAUCAUUUUGACUGACGACGACCUCAAGAAGAUUAUCAAGGAUGAGAAACUCGCGCUGGCGGAAGAUUCUGGACCAGAACCAGAUCAUUGCAUCAUUACUGCUAUUGUCGAUGGUCAUCAUAUCUGGGGACUCGCAUUAGACAGUAGUUCCUCCACGACACCAAAAGGAAAAUCAAUCGUCACUCUCCGAUGCCGCCACAAACCCACUCUCGAUAAAUUCUCUUCCAAGUUCGCCACCGAUUCUCUUUGGCAAAUGGAAUUCACCAACUCCAAAGUCCACCUCAACGAUCUUCCAGCGAACGUACAAGUUUCUCCUACAGUUCAAUUCGACCCAGAUUACGAUUACGCUGUUUCCUGGGCCGAAAAUCUUUUCAAAAAGCUUUGUCCGGAAGAAGAGUGGCUACCGCCCAUGCCGGAACCGGGGGAUAUCAUUUUUCCAACGGAUGAAGAGGGCGAGAAGAAGCCGGAGGAUCCAAAAGAUGCCGAAGAAUCGAAAGAUUCAACAGCCAAAAACACCGAAAAUUCCUCACAAGAAGAAUCCGCAAACGCAAAAGAGACCUAA